AUGCACGCUCCCUACGCUUUCGUAGUACACCGAUUCUUUACUCCCCAAACCUUCUCAGAGUCUCAAUGCUUAAACGAUAUCGUUAGUAAAAGAUCUAGCACCGUACACAAGAACACUGCAAAAAUCACCUCGUCGUUCAAAAGUGGUGGUGGAAAUACUGGUGAGUGGACCACGUGCUUAGUCAGCCUACCCCGCCACGGCGCCCCAAGUCAUAACGCCGCCUUUUACAUACGCUUGUCACUCUCAAACCAAGCUACGCCCGAAGAACACAACAAGAUUGAAUGGGAGAUGAAAGACAAGGAUGUUUCAGUCCUCACUAAGGAAGGGGAUGAGGAUGCGAAGGCCACCAAGGAGAAGCAGCAGACCCCUCAGAACAUCAUCCUUACCACGUCCGACGGUGUCGAGCUUGUAGUCGAGCGCCGCGCCGCUGAGAAGUCGGCUUUGAUCAAGGACCUUAUUGAGGAUUUCGGCGGUCAUGUAUAUCAGCCGAUACCCAUCGCGAACGUCGAUGAGCAGACGAUGAGAAAAAUCAUCGAGUGGUGUGAACAGGAAACGAACAAUGCCGGGGAGUGGGCUGCAAAAUUCCUGGAAGUCGACCAAGACGAGCUUUUCGAAAUCAUCCUGGCCGCCAACUACCUCGACAUCAAGUCCCUCCUCGACGCCGCCUGCAACGCAGUCGCCAACAAAAUCACAGGCAAAACCCCACAAGACCUCUGCCACCUCUUCAACAUCACCGACUACCCCCUCCCCAAGCCCGCCGCCGCCGCCGCCGCCCCCCCAAGCUCCCCCAACUCCAUCCUCCCCCACACCCACACCCACAACCCCACCCUCCAAGACAUCCACCACGCCCGCCACAUCCUGCAACACGCCCCCCUCCACAGCCGCAGCCGCAGCCGCACCCGCGCCGGCCAACAACCCCCCCUCCCCCCCGAACUCGCCCUCCUCAUCGUCUCCCUCGGCUACCGCCCGCGCCUGCUGCGCCACACGACCGAAGAGCGCACCUACCGCGCCAACAGCUUCUGGCGGCCGGGCCCUUACGCCAGCGUCGCCGGCCUGUACCUCAGCAGCGCGCCGCUGCCCGCGCCCGACCCGUCCACGGGGGUCGCCAGGAUCGUGCCGCAGCGCGUCGUUUUCCGCACGCGGUCCGCCGACCAGGGGUGGGCGGAUGCGGGCGGCCGCGGGACGUUUUGGAAUAGCCAUACGUGGUUUGAGGCGAGCAUCGUGAGGCCCGUGUCGCCCGAGACGGAGGGGGGUGCGGCGGCGAUGGGGGAUCGGGCGGAUCAUCGGGCGGAGGCGGAGGUGGUGGGUGCGGCGUCGCUGGGAGAGGUGUUGCCGGGGGUGUGGGAGACGCCGGGGCAUGCGCGGGGGGCGUUGGCGGAGGCGGGGUGGGACUUUGUGGAGGGGGAGGAAGGGAGCGUCGUGUGGAAGGUGUGCAACAACAUCACAGCGAAGGAUGAGUACUCGGAUUACGUCGUGGAAUGGGGGAGGGGCGUGGCGGCGGACGCGAAGGAUACUGAGGCGGUGGGGAAGGGCAAGGGGUUCCUGGAGCGGCUGGAUUCCGGGUGCGUCGUUGUGCUUUGGGCUAGGGCGGAGCAACAAUGCUGGGAGAACAGUGUUGAGCAAGCGAGUAUUGAGAUAGAGUACGAGGUGCUAUAG